CGCUGCGCAUGUGAACAAUUCCUCUUCUCCACAGGCAGCAACGCAACGAAGUCGUGCAAUAUUGAAGCCUAGAAACAGCCGAGCUUUGUACUUGCAGCAGUGCUGCGUCCAGAACACACGACCCUUCAGGCACCAAUAACUACAACAACAACACCUCUCGGCGCAACACCAGCAGAACAGCUUACCAUGACACCCCUCAAAAUUUCAAUACCAACUGCACAAACCAAGACCCCGGAAAGCGGCAAACCCUACACAGAAUACACAAUCAAAAUCGACCAUCCCUUCCCGCGCGCAACAUCCUCCGUCUCAAAACGCUACACCGACUUCUCGAACCUCGAUUCUGCAUUACGCAAUGCCGUUGCUGCACCACCCGCCUCCCUCCCACCAAAAUCGUGGUCGCUUUUUGGACUAGGCAGUUCGCUUGGGUCGCCAGAGCAGGUUGAGAAGAGGCGGAAGGGCCUCGAGGAGUACCUGCGCGCGAUUGAGAAUAGCGAGGAUGCGCGGUGGAAGGCUGCGAAGCUGUACAGGGAGUUCUUGGGGCUCGAUGAUAGGGAGGGGAAGAGGGCGGCAGGGUUCCCAGGAAGUCAAUUUGGAAAGGAUCGAGUGAGGGAUAGUUCGGAUUGGCUGGACAAGCACGCCGAAGUCAAGAGCAGUUUGCAGGAUGCAAGGAGGUGGUUGACGGCGAGGGAACAGGCUACUGCAGCAAGUGCGCAGCAUGAUGCUGCUGCGAAUGCUAAGCGGAGUCUGUUGCGCGCCGAGUCUCUACUUGCUGCGCUGGAGGAGGGUCUGAGGAGACUGAGUGGGACAAGCGGCGAUGAGUGGAGCGGCGAGAAGCUGGGUGAUGGCGAGGUACGUCGGCGGAAAGAUAUGAUUAGCUCGAGUCGUAAGGAGCGCGACGGCCUGGAAAGCGUCCUGAACACCAUGGCCGCGAAAGCCGCACUCUCCGGGUCUGGCACCCUCUCUACACCCAGCACAUCCAGCGCCGCCGUCACCGCCGAGCAGAAAGCCGGGCUCUUCAAAGGUGCAUCGAAGCCCUCAGGCCGUCGAGUCCUCGGAGGCACACCCGUGGAGACCGAGCGCACGCGCGAGCUGGACAACGAGGGUGUGUUGCAGCUGCAGAAGCAGGUCAUGCAGGAGCAGGACGAAGAUCUUAUCGACUUGACGACGGUGGUGCAGCGCAUGCGGCAGAUGGGCGUUGCCAUCAACGAGGAGAUUGUGGAGCAGAAUGCGAUGCUAGGGCUGUUGGAAGAGGAUGUUGAGAGGGUGGAUGGCAAGAUACGGAUUGCGAAGAAGAGGGUGGAUAAGAUUCGCUGACUAGUGGUUUUGUUUUUGCUAGACUUCAGCAGAGCGUACAUUGCAAGGUGUCUGGCGCUAUUUGACUAUGGACAGCAUUGCAGCGAUGCUAGCACGCGAUCCUCAGAUCGAAUUUUUGCAAACCUUUGGGAAUUUGAACUCAACGGCGUUGCUCAUCAUCGCAGUUGUGUGGCUUGGUGUGGAGCCCUCCACGAGGGUGGGCUGCCGGUCAGCUUUCGUUCCUGCCGUUCCCACCCAGUCUCUGUUCAAUCGGUAGGUAGUUAAGUCUCGACGCCCAAACUACGGAGAAUGGUAAACCUGAUAGAUUCAAGCUCUGGUUGUGAGAUUCGCAGCCAAGUUCGCAAUGCCAUCUUCUGCGAACCAG